UUCACCUCUUCAACUUUUCUCAUUAGCUUAAAAAUGGUUGCGUACAACAACAGCGCAAACUCGUUCACAGCGCUCGUCGAUAGCCAGUCCAUUCUGACCCUGUCCGAGUUCACACUCGAGUCUGGUAUUACACUGCACGACGUGCCCGUCGCCUACAAGACAUGGGGUCAGCUCAAUGCUGCCGCAAACAACUGCAUGGUGAUCUGCCACGCACUGACCGGCUCUGCUGAUGUCUCCGACUGGUGGGGGCCCCUGCUGGGUGCUGGCCGCGCAUUUGACACCAGCAAGUUCUUUGUCAUCUGCUGUAAUGUCCUGGGCAGCCCGUACGGCACCGCAUCGCCACUGACAAAGAACCCAGAGACCAGCAAGGCGUACGGCCCAGACUUUCCGCUGACCAGCAUCCGCGACGACGUCAAGCUGCACCGGACCGUGCUUGAUCUGCUGGGCGUCAAGCAGGUUGCUAUCUGCAUUGGCGGGUCGCUUGGCGGCAUGCAGUGCUUGGAGUGGGCCAUGUUCGGCCCAGAAUACGUGCGGGUUAUCGUGCCCAUUGCCACCUGUGGAAAGCACUCGGCGUGGGGCAUCAGCUGGGGCGAGGCCCAGCGUCAGGCCAUCUACAGCGACCCAAACUACUGCGAUGGCAAUUACACUGCAGACAAAAAGCCCGAUCAUGGCUUGUCGGCGGCUCGCAUGUCCGCAUUGCUCACAUACCGGUCGCGCGACUCGUUCGAGUCUCGCUUUGGCCGCAAGAUGAUGACCACAGGCAACGUCAAAGUGUACAAGAGUGUCAACCUGGUCGAUCCGGCCACUGAUACCAGCUCAGAGUCUAGCAGCAGCGACAGUGAGCCGGCACGGCUCACCACAGGUGCCGAUUCCCCGCGCAGCGCCAUGGACGACCGGUCGUCAUCCAGCAUCUUCUCUGCGCAGAGCUACCUGCGGUACCAGGGCGACAAGUUCACCAAGCGGUUCGACGCCAACUGCUACAUUGCCAUUACUCGCAAGAUGGAUAUGCACGAUCUGGGCCACUGCCGCGGCAGCUAUAUCGGCGCUUUGAAGACGUUGAAGCAGCCGGCUCUGGUGGUCGGUAUCGAGUCCGACGGCCUGUUUACGAUCAAUGAGCAGUACGAGCUGGCUGAGCACAUCCCCAAGGCGCAGAUGGCCACCAUCGACUCGCCCGACGGCCACGAUGGGUUCUUGCUAGAGUUCUCACAGCUGAACCGCCUGAUCCGGUCGUUCGUGCGUGACCAGCUGCCAGAAUUUGCCUCCGAGGACGCCGAUGUCAAUGCGCCGUCCGAAUUCGUUAUCAACAAGUCUAGCGUGUUUGGCGAAGCCGAGGUAGACGUGAUGAAGUGGUAGAAUGGUCUUUUCAAAU